CGUCAGUUUGUUUAACAAUCGCUGAGUAUAAAAUGCUCCAAUCAUAGAGGAGGCUAGUUGGGGGUAAAAUAAGGCUGAGCUACGCGCAAGGCCAUCCGUAGUACUGGAUAUAUCCUCGCCGAUCUCCCCUCAUUUUAUACUCUGGGGUGGGUAAAAGCAAAAUACUAAGGGGGCAGAAACACCGAUGCUAGCUGUUUUGUAGGAAGAGAAGCAACCCCUCCUUUCCCAAAGCCUUAGAUCUUCCACUCACCCCCUUAUCUCGCCCACCUCUCCAAGGGAGCUAUGGCUGAUAGCCUGAGAAGAUUAAUCAGCAACGAGACCGGCAGGAUUUUACAAGAGAAGUUGGAGAAUUGGUAUAAAGAUUAUCACAUUAACUCAUGUGAUCAGAAUUUGACCCGAUGCUGUGAAAUCAUGGAACUGAACUCCAUGAUACAGGGGCAACUCUUCACAAUCCUGAAUAAAACAAGCAGAGAAGGUGGACAUUAUGCAGGUGUGGAAACAAUAAAAUCUCGUCUCCUGCCAUGGCUAGGGACUUGUUUUUCUAGCCCCAUUUCUGGUAGACCAUUUGAAACAAUCUCUUCUUUAUUGCAGGAUUCACUGGAAAAAGAGAGACAGCUGAAGGAACUGGCCAGCACUCGGAACCAUGAAAUACAACAGCUGGAGAAGGAACUGAAUGCUACUCAUUUACAGCUGAGUCUUGUACAGCAAGAUUUUGCAGAAGCCCAGUUGGCUCUCGAAGACACAAAGACCAAAUCAGCCACCACUCUUUUGGCAGCAGAGGAUGAAAUUGUUCAGCUUAAAGCAGAUCUAAAGGCUUCUCGGGCAAAAGAAGAGUGUGCUUUGAUAAAUCUGGAGCGGCUGAACGAUUAUGAGUGGAAGCUUCAAACACUGAAGGAUGAUAUUGCCGUCCUUGAUGCUCAAAAAUCUCUUCUACAAAGCAGAUUUGUACGAAGUCGAUCUCCAUCCCCAAGAUCUAUCCGGAGCAGAUCACCCAGUCCACUUCCAAUGAGAAGCUUCUCACCUGGCCGAGCAAGACUUACAAAUGCUUCCCGUCAGGCUCGUCUUGUGGAACGCUUCAGUGACAUUUAUGCUCAGGAACGCUUGGAUGCUCAAACCCUCUUGAGGAGUUAUGUUGACGAUCUGGAGAUGGUGCAGAGAAUAAUCUAUGUUGCAGCUGUGGAGUCUUUUCAUACAGCAAAGAUGGCCUUCAGACAGUUCAAAAUGCGUGUUAGAAAGACCCUGUCCCUAAGUCACUCAGGGCCUGAAUCACUUGAAGAGAUGGUAAUGGACUAUAUCAUUCGCCAGGAGGAUCUGUAUGAUGUUCAAUCCAGUGUCAGUGAAGUCAUUCGUGCAAUGAAUAUCAAUCCUAAGAUUUCCUUCCCACCAGAAGUUGAUUUCAUCAUGAUCAGUGGCUUAAUACGCGAGUUAUGCCGUGUAGCCUUUUCAAUGCAGACUUUGGAUCCUCCACUUGACAUUUUUUUUGGUACAGAUGGAGAACUUUUUAGCGACUACAAAUACCGUCGCAGCUAUGACUCUGAUUUCACAGCUCCCCUGGUGGCCUAUCAUGUAUGGCCUGCUCUUAUGGAAGAAGAUUCUGUCAUUGUGAAGGGAGAGGCAGUCACAAGAAGAGGUGCUCUGUGGUCUCACAGGAGUAGAAGCAGAAGCCGUAGCCGAGGCCGCAGCCGCAGCCGUAGCUUGAGCCCUCUCUCUCAUAGUGCAGGCCACUCCCGACAUUUGCCAUCCCGAAGCCGCAGCCCUUCCCCGUUAAGGAGUGGAAGCCCAACUUGACUGCGGAUAUAUCCUAAGUGUGUGUGAGCAUGUGCAUAGAGAUCUACAGGGGAGCCAACACCAAAUCCAGAAGUCUGGUUCACUUCAGCCAGGACAGGACUUAGGAUGUGAUGACUUUUCCUUUUUCUCCUGACAGUUUUUCUUUACUAUUUUCUCUCUCAUUGACACAAGGUUUUUUUUGGGGGGGGGAUAUGUAUGUUUGGGUCCAAUCCAUGGGUGUUUUGGAGAACAAGGGGGCUUUGGAUGCAAGGUUACCCCAGCACAAUCUAUUUGGCCACUACUGCUGGCUGGAGCACCACUGGUGAUAGACCUAGGACUGCAGGGUUUAUUGUUGGUGUAUUGGGGCCACUGGGGUGUACAUGCUUCCAUGCCAGUAGAUCUCCUCUCCACCAGUGGAGGGCCCUUUUCUCCACAUGCUAACUUGUCUCAGCCGGCCUUUGAAGAGGAUUAGGAUUGCUUUGCUACUGGAUUAAUUUACACAAAUAAAAUCUGGAUUGUGAAUACAGUCCUAGCUUGAAACCCUUCAGUGUAGAAGUUUACAAAAAUAAUUAUAUACUGAAAUAUGUAUUUUUCUCCAUUAGGAAUUUAGGUUAACUGGAUAUGAUUUUUUGAUUCUGUACACCUGGAUCAAUCUGCUUCUGUGGUGCCUCCUCCUGUUCCAAGAGUACCUCAAACCUCACUUAAAAUAAUGUGAACAGCAGUUUUGAAUCACUCCAAAAGGAGAGUGAAUUGGGAUUGAUGCGUUUGUAACUUUAGAUUUGUUUUUAUGUUUGUUUUUAUAACUUAAUAGAUUUUUUUAAGGGAAUGAAUACAACAAAUUUGAUUAAAAAUUGCAUAGGCAUGUUAAGAUCAUAUUAACUUUAUUUUUAAAGAACUUGUUUACACAACUCUUCCAGCACCUCCUUUAGGAAAAUCAUUACUGUCACAAGAAUGGUGCCAGGAUAACCCAUAUUGAUGAUGAUACACUUAACAAGACAGUUAGGUAUUCAGCAGUACAAUACAUUGAGACUAUCACUUGAAAUACAGUACUUGGUGCUUAUUUAGGGAACAAUCCAUGUGAAGUUAAGCUCAUUAAAGUCCCACUGAAAUCAAUGGGAUGUAAAAAUGCUUAAGAUUGGCUGGAUCAUGCCUAAUGAAAGUAAUUGGUUCUGCAUCAAAACAUGAAAACAUUAUCAUGAAAGCAUACUUCUAGAGAAUCCAAUUACAGUAUUUGGUUUUGAUAUAAAAAUUAGCAUGUCGAUUUCAGAAACAUAUAUUCCUGCUGAUCUAUUGCCUGGUUAUACCAUUUGGUGCUGAUAUCAGUAUUUUCCUUCCAAGAAAGCUGAUGGUUUUUCUCUUCUGUACCCCACCUGUAGGGCUAGCCUUAAAUAUAAGCAACACAAAUGACUGGGGCCUUGCCCUUUUACAUAUGAUGUUAGAUCCACAUGGGUCAGAAAAUUAGUUUGAUGAGACCAGUCUCUUAUUACCGAUCUUGAACAUGGUACUUCAGCAAAAUUGCAAAAUUUUGUAUUACUAGUACAAAAUAGAUUGAGUUUUCUAUUGCUUUUAUGAUAAAACUAUUUAGCCCUUCCGAAGAAAAAUCAAAUCAUAUUAAUUAGUUCUCUGGCUUCCUUUAAGGAAUGUAGACACUUUUACCUUCUCAGUUUAAAUGGACAUUUUGUUUAAGAUUGCAAAUUUUACAACUUGGUGAGCUCACAUUUAUAACAAUGUUAGAUAUGUUGUUGGAAAUGCAUUCCCUAUUGCCUGCUUAAAAGAAAUAAUUGAGUUAGAUUUAUGCAUGUGUCAUGUGGAUCGGCUUGAAUUCAUAAUAAAAUAUUUGAAAGUGCUGGACUACUAAAAUUGCUACUCAGCCACUGGUUUAUAUUUCCAAGCCUCAAUCAUGAGCAGGCCAGACUCCAUUGCAUAAGAGACACUUACUAGAGAGCUGUGAUUGUGUAGUUGUAUGAUAUACAUGUUUCCAAACAAUCCUUUGCUUAUUUAUAAGUAACAUUUUUGUUUACACUUACAAAGAUCUUAGGUGUAUGUACACCUAAAAAAGCAUAAUGGUUUGGUUCAAACCAUUAUGCUGUUACAAGGAGCUAAUCAGGAGCGCUAUCAGUUGUAAACUAACCAGUGUUCCCCAUCACAUCCAAAUUUGUAGAACUGUGGUUUGGUUAAAGUAUAGUGUGAGAACAACCUAGGAACUGAACCCAUGAUUUCAUAGUUACCUCUUCUCACUAAUCACAAACCACAUUUUCUGAGUUUGGAUGUCCCAGGGAACUGUGGUUUGCUUAAAACUGGAAGUGCAAACUUCCAAUCUCCUCCUCUAGCAUACAAAAGGAGAACGGAGGGGAGCGUGUAAGCCCAAGGCUUGUCAAAACGUGUGCAUGUAGCAAGAAACCAUUUUUCCCCAUUCUGUCUGAACCUAGCUAUUGUGAGUAGUGGAUCUCAUCUACAUACCAAAGCCAGUGUAUAGCAAUAUGAAUUUUAAUUGUGUGUAUAUCUGAGCUCUGUAAAAAGAGAAUAUACUAUCUUUCACUAUCAAGGUCAUUAGGUAAAAAGAGAUCUAACAAACAUUUCAAUAACAUGUACAUUAAGGAAGGUAUUCCAGACAUUAUACUUAGACUUCUCGUCUAACAUCCAGUCAAUAUUCAGGCAAAAAGGUAGUGUACCUGACACAAGUUCACAAUGUUUAUGAAAAUAGUUAUGAGGUGCAAAUGAAUAUGAUAAGCAUUGCUUAUACUAUGAUUUUCUAAUACAGUGUUAUUUGUGAUCAGUGAUAAUGCUGUUUUACUGGACCACAUUCAGAGCAGAUUCAUGCUUUGUUCAAUCCUAUUAAGAGUGUGAGUGUUGUAGAUGUACUCCUGUUUUUUGCGUGUGUUAUGUUGUGGAAGGUAUAUAAAAAUGUAAGAGAUAUAUAGACCCAUGCAUUAGCAUUUUCAAAGCUGACUUUUGUGUGUGUAUCUGAAGCAACUUUUCACUUCUCCGAGAUUAAAUGAGGGCCCAUUCAAAUUUUAUGUCCUUGGUUACUUCCAUGUGAUGGCGACCUCAUAGGUGAUCACAUGGAUUGUGUAGAGAAUCUUCAUACUAAUGCAUGCAAGGAAUGUGCUGUGCUAAUGUGAAGAUGCUCUAUGAUUGGGCCCGUUCCCACAAUAAGAGUAUUAAAAAUAUUAAGGCUCCCCUCUGCAUCACAGUGUGCUUUCUGGCAGGCUACAUGUGGUGAAUGUGAUUCAUUUCCACACAUACUUUGUCAGACAAUAUUUGCAUGUGAAUAUUCUCCCUGCACACAGUCCCUUAUAUUGAUGUUACCAAAGUGGCGUGGAAAGAAGCCAUAUGGAACUGGCUCCCAGAUCUCUGUGGUAAUGUAUGAAUUAGCCUGCCAGAGAUCCAGAUUUGAAAUUGAUGCUGGGAUCCUUCAGAUUGCCAGGUGUCAACCCAGGGAUCAUGUUUGUAUUUUGAAAAACCCUGCCAACAGCAAGAGGGGACUGUGAUGCUCAUGGACUAGAGCUUAAAUCAUUGCUUAGCCAUGAAGAUGACUGGGUGACUAUGGCAGAUCACCAAGUCUCAGGCUGGGAAUGUCCCAACUGUGAGGAAAAACAAGCCUAUGAAUAUGUACGGAAAUAUCAUCACAAUAAUAACAAUGGUAUGACAAUGAAAAACUUUUUGCAGGGAAUACAAUGUAAUGAUGUCAAUUACUUUGGACCAUCUGACACAAUCUGAGCAUUCCAUCAUAGCAACCACAUUUGGGAAGCAUUUUAAAGAUCUUUCAGAGUGCAUUGCUGUAAUCAGAAAUAAUCUUAUUUGUUUGCCUUUUUUGUGUGUUUUUAUAAAUGUCUUAUAUUUUGGAUUGCUGUUUUAACUACAGAAUUGUUUUCUUAAUUUGUUUUUUUAUAUAUAUAUUUAUUAAAGUACACUGGAAAACCAAUAUUUUGUUUGCAGAUAUCUUACCAUGCACCAUUUGAAUGCAGUGAUAAUACUGUAUGUUUGCAUAGUACUGUUUCAUGAGCUGUAGCUUACAGAUAAGGGGCCUAAUACAAUGUUUUAUAAUGAAACGAUACUAGAAUAAACAUUUCCAGCUAAGUACUGGGCCAACAUUGCAACAAAUUAUGAAUAGUUAUGGAUGUGUCCACAUAUACAUGACUGUUGGGAAUGGA